AUGAAAUCCUUCCUGGUAGUACUGUGCGUGGUGGCGUGCGCGGCGGCGGGCGCCGUGCGCGAGAAGCGCGGCUUCCUGGCCGGCCACGGCGGCCUCGGUGGCUACGGGGGCGGCUUCGGAGGCGGCUUCGGGGGUGGCUUUGGGGGAGGAUACUCCGCGCCCGCGGCGCAACUCGUCACCGUCAACAAGGUGGUCAAUGUGCCCAAGGUGGUGAGCGUGCCACGGGUGGUGACCGUCAACAAGGUGGUGUCCGUGCCGCAAGUGGUGUCCGUCAACAAGCUGGUGUCGGCGCCCGGGUACUCUGCCGGCUACGGUAGCGGGUACUCCUCCGGCUACGGCAGCGGAUACUCCUCCGGCUACGGUGGCAGCUACUCCAGCGGCUACGGCAGCGGCUACGGCAGCGGCUGGUGGUGA